GACGGACUCGCGAAGAUGGCGGAGGCCGCGGAGGCCGAGCCCGCCGCCUUCAAGCGCCCGAGCCGCCCGCCGCCCGCCGCUCCCGGUGACCCGGGGCCCAGCCCGCCAGGAUCCCCCCGCGCGGCCGCCGCCGCGCCGCGCUACGAGGAGCCGCCGUGGGGCAGCCGCCCGCCUGCCGGCUCCGGGUACGGGCUGGAGGUGCUGAAAGGCGGCGUGGUGCUGGGCUCGGUGCGGCUGGAGGACAGCAGCUGGUUCCUGGUGGGGCGGCUGCCCGGCUGCGCCCUGUCCCUGGAGCACCCGUCGGUGUCGCGGCACCACGCCGUGCUGCAGUACCGCGGCGCCGGCUGCUCCCCCGACGACCCCAGCGGCGCCGAUGCUGCCGGGUUCUACGUGUACGACCUGGGCAGCACCCACGGCACCUUCCUCAACAAGGCGCGGGUGCCACCCCGCACCUACUGCCGGGUGCGGGUGGGCCACGGGCUGCGCUUCGGCGGCAGCUCCCGCCUCUUCCUCCUGCAGGGACCCAAAGAGGAUCAGGAGUCUGAGUCAGAACUAACUGUGACUGAGCUGAAGGCCCUGCGCAAGCAGCAGCAAGCAAAAUUAGAAAAGACAAUGUUGGGAGAGGAUUCUGAUGAGGAAGAUGAGAAAGAGGAGAGAAGUGAAAGGAGUCAGAAUAGUGAUAUGAGCUGCUCGUGGGGAAUGGGUGAGGAUGCUGAGGACGAUGAGGUUGAAGAAAACCCUAUUGCUAUUGAUUUUCAGGAUGUUCAAGAUGCCUUUUAUGUGAAAGAUCCUAGGAAGGCCCUACAGGGCUUUUUUGAUAGAGAAGGAGAAGAGUUAGAAUAUGAAUAUGAUGAUCGUGGACAUAACAGCUGGCUAUGCAGGAUCAAGUUGCCUGUGGAUGAUGCAUCAGGGAAGCAGCUGGUGGCAGAGGUUCUCCAUUCAGGAAAAAAGAAGGAAGCAAUGAUACAGUGUGCACUGGAAGCUUGCAGGCUGCUCGAUGCUCGAGGAGUACUGAGGCAAGAAGCAGUAUCCCGAAAAAGGAAAUCAAAGAACUGGGAAGAUGAGGAUUUUUACGACAGUGAUGAUGACACCUUCCUCGAUCGAACUGGUGCUGUGGAAAAGAAACGACUGAACAGAAUGAAGAAAGCUGGUAAAAUAGAAGAAAAACCAGAGACUUACGACUCCCUGGUCACAAAGCUAAAAGAAGCAGAAAAUGAGCUUUCCGAGAUAACAGAGAAGCUGAAGGUUUCAGGGAAAGUCCAGUCCCAUCCAGCAGCUCAAGAUUCCUUGGAUGAAUUCAUGACCGAAAUAAAAUCAGGAGGCACCUUAGAUAGCGUGGCACGAAAGAAGCUUCACUUGCGGUCGUUUGAACUGAAGAAAGAGCAGCAGAGACUGAAAGGGUUAAUAAAGCUUGUCAAGCCUGCAGAACUGCCUGAGCUGAAGCCCCAGGGUGGGAGUUACAGUCUGAAUGCAGAGAACAAGCCUAAAAAGAUGAACCUGCCUCUCUUCGGUGCAAUGAAAGGGGGGAGCAAAUUCAAACUGAAAACUGGAAGCCUAGGGAAGUUGCCUGUUAAGCGUCCAGACAUCCCUGAAAGCUUGUUAAAAACAAAAGAUGAUGGACCGGAGGAGGAGGAGGAGGAGGAGGAAGAGGAAGAAAUGGAAGAGCAGCAAGAAGCAGAUGCAGUAAACAGCAGAGUAUCAAACCUGGAAAUUAAAAUGACAACAGAGAAAGAAACAGGAAAAGAAAGUCUUGCUCCUGAUGGCUCUCCUUGCAAUAACAAGAAUCUAGAAUCCCUUCAGGAUGGCGUUGAUUUUCUGCCUGAGCCAAAGGUACUGAGGAAUGAAUCUCAGACAGGACCCUCACAAGAGAAAUCCCAAGCAUCCAAGGUAGUAAAUAAGGAACCUGAAGAGACAUCUGAGAAAGUUAAGAAAGUCCAUAGCUCAAGCAAGGUCCAACAACCUUUUUUUUCCUCACAGUACCCAGAUGAUGACCCAGACUACUGCAUAUGGAUUCCUCCUGCAGAAGCUGGCUGACAGCGGAGCAGCCAUUAUAGCCUCUGGCCUUAGAGAAGCGUAGCCCUGAAACUUGUGUCAUUAAGCAGCUGACUAAAGUCCACGUGUCUCCUUAAGCUCUCAUUCACCUUCAAUUUUCCUUUGGACUCCUUCAUCCCAUGGGGCAUCUGGCACUAACUCCACGGCAAAAAUGUGCGGUUUCCUGCUGGUUUGCAAGGUCAUUUUUUUCUAGAUGACUUGGUGACUUUGGCCCAGCACUGCUGCAUUUUCUCUCCAUUUCUUCCGAAAGCACAGAUUACAGCAAACAACCUCCAGAUGGAGCUCACGAUGCACAGACCUCACCCCACCUGAUGUGUCCUCCGACCCAAGGAGGAAUCCCGGCUGUACCCGGGUACCUGUGGUUAUGGUGCCUGAAGGAUGCUUCCUCUUACUUAUCUAAGGAAAACUGAAGCUACAUGUAACACUCCACUUUUUAGAACAGAAAGGAGUAUUCAUAAGAUUCUCCAAGCAUUCAAAGAAGCAGAACGCCUAUUUGGUUAACCCAGUCAAACUGGGUUUACAGCACUAAAAAUCUCCAGGACAUAGAGAGAUGUCAUUAACGAGCUGCCCAUCCUGUAGCAGCUCGCAGGCCUUGCUCCACCAUUCCCAAAGUGAUUGUUUAAAGCUGCUGUCUCCUGCACAGAGGGCACGAUUAGCUCGUAUUUUCUUUGGAACAUGUGUUUACCUCAUUAUCAUACUUACUUUCCACUGCUACAAAACUUCCAGUUCUGUAUUCACCUAAUAAAUACUCCCAAAUUUAUGAGGCAUCAAUGCCCUAAGGCCCUUGAGCACCUAAUGUUUGGGCAGCUGGCUGCGGUUCUAUGCAUAAAGAGUAUAUAUUUUUGAUACCUGUGUAGCAUCACAUUCUGCUGUUCUGAGGUACAGAAUACACAGCAUAGCUGUAGACUUGAUAUGGGGAGACAUUUUUAGGUUAAUUUUUUUACAUUCUGAAAAUGAAACGCUGUCUUAAGAGUUCUCAGUUUCAUUUUCAGUGAAGUGAAUGUGAGGUAAGACGCUAAAAAUGUUCUUUAAGUCAAAGAAAAUACCUAUAUAUCAGCCUGAUUUGCUUAAUUAUGCUUUUAAAUUGUGGAAGUGUUUUGUUGAUUGUGCAGCUGUGUGGAUGUAUAUGCAGGUGUAUGCACACUUUCAACCAUGAAUAUAUUACUUUGUUCCUCUGCUUUGACCUGUUAAACCACUUGAAACUCAAGUUUAUUCUUUUGCUGGAUGCAGCCUGCUGAAACUGCAGUCUUAGGGCAUUUUAAGCAGCUCACCUGUUUAUGCUGAGUACCUGUUUCUAAUCCAGUUUCUUGUAACACCCAGAAAUGAGAUAUGUAGGCUAAGCAUGGCAUAUGAUAUGAAUCCACCUGCAGGUGACUGCUCAAGGGAAAUCUAAUGGAGAUUAGGCUCAUGGAACAGCAGAUCAAAACUCACCUGUGCUGGCCCAAGUGAUGAGGGUGCUUGAACGAUGAUGAGGGUGCUCAUUAGAAGGCUCACCAGCACCCCAAGACCCAAGGCAAAGAGGUUCUCUUGUUGUAUGGAUCAUGUUUAUACCCCUGCAUACAAUGAUAUACAAGGCUGAAGCCUUGACCUAUGGCUGAUAGGCAGUGUGUGCAGUACUUUGGCUUAAAUGCAAUGACAAAAAUCGAUGUUCAUGUGAAUCAAAACUCUUCAUACACAUGGAAGGUUUUAAGAGCUGGCAUGUGUAAUACAAGCAGAGCAGAGUUUGCUCCAAAAGGGCAGUUCCUAAAGGGAAAGAUUUAUCCAGUGACUUCUUAGAGUUUCUUCUGAUCAUUUUCUUUUCAUGCAGAAGCCAGGGACUAGCAGAUACCUCUUGAAGCCAUCCCUUCACAAUAGCUUUCCUGAUUUAACUUGAUCUUGUAUCUUUCUCACACCAGACUGUUUGCUGCUACUGCUGCUUCUCUGUUCCGCUGUUGCUUUUCCUGUAUAUUGAAUUCAGUUCAAGCUUAAUUGUUUCCCAUGGGACAGGACAUCGUUGUGCUGAGCCUCUUUCUUUAUUCCUCUUCAUUCUCAAGCCCAACUCUACUUAUCCAUAUGGCAAAACACCCCCUUCAUACUUUUGUCCUGCUCUUGAGUUGCACAGGUGGUUCUGCUGGGAGUUGAACUUAACCAGAAACCAGCCUGAACCAUUAUUUUUUUCCAUCCAUCAAGCAGAAACUGAAUCUGAAUUUGUAUUUCAAAGUUUUGAGAGGAGCCUCCAAUCCCAGUGGAACCUGAAACAAUUUUUUGGGUUUGUUUUCUUUUGGGAAAGUAGAGUGGGGCAGGGGGACACACACAGUUGUCUCCUAGCUGCUCCUUUUCUUUGGAAUCUGUCACAUCUUUCUUUCUGGGGGGUCCUUCUAGCACAGAACAAAGUGGACAGUAUCUGUGGCUAAAUCGGGUUUAGCUCCAUCUUGUGCCCUUACCUCUGCCAGGAAGGGCUGGCUCCCACUGUGGCAGCUGUCCUGGGCAGGAGCUGUGUUUGCCAUUCGGGCAGAACUGAGCAGGCUGCUGGGGUCUGAGCCAGCAGUAUGAAGUGGCACAACACUAAACAGCUGCUGCCAAAUUUCUCCCUUCUUCUUGUCCCUCAUCAGAGAGGAGUCAGGGAAGAGUUGAGAUUUGCUCUUAUGAAUUUCUUCAGGCAGGAAAUGGCAGAGCUGUCAGCUUGUGAUGGGGUGGGACGACACUUCUUUGCAAAAAGCCAGAGGAUUAUUUAUCUGAAAUCUCAUAACUCACUCAUUCAUACCCUUAUUCCCCAACCACAAAUAAUCACCCCACUCCCAUUACACCUCUUCAAACAGCAAUUCAGGCUGCUCCAUGACAGCAAGGCAGUAACAUUCUAAUUGCUCUUACAUGUGAGGGUAACUAUAAUGGGGUCUGUGGUGGAAAGAUGAUUUAUUUUCCAGUGUUGAAAGCACAGCUGUAAGUACACAGACCUUCUCUGUGCUUUCUCCUGAAACAGCUCCCUUGGCUUCUCAGGUGUCUUGCUGCAAGACAGAUGAAACUGUUUUCUCCCUCCAAAUUAGCAGAUUUGCCUGAGAACUGUCAUCUGCUCUUGCAAAGCAGUCAGACAAGGAGACGUUGUGAAGCACUGAUGCACUGCACAUUCUCCUCAACUGCUCAAAACACACAGACAAGUAUUAAACAUUUUAGGCUCUGGCCCAAGCAGAAUCAGCUACUACGAUUGCACCCUGACCCACUCCCAAUCUCUGACUUCCCUAUGGCAUUUACCUCUUCCUGCCCGACACAUCCAGCAGUAAAAUGUGUCCAAUUUCACAGAAAUGCAGCUGUACUCGGUGAGUAAAACCCUGAUCUCUCUGAAAGACACUGACAGUACAUUUAGGGCCUUUGUGAAGACCUUUGUUAGCCUGGUGCAACCAAAUGUCUCCUCCCCCUGGAGAUGGGGUUGGUGUUUGGAGUGGGAGGGAGAGAGGGGAGGAUGACCGGAUCUCUCUUGUGUAGAAAAUGGCAGAAUUUAAGCUAUGCGUCAAAUUACUACACAAAAGCUGUCUAUAUACUUAGAUAGGCCCCUGAAAGCAAAUGGGCAGGAGAUACAAUUUUAUUAUGCCCAAAAAAUUACACUAGUUAGCUGUUGUGGCACUGGGGUAACUAAAAUCCUCUUGGAAUAAGCCCUGGUUGUUCUUCAAAGACAAAUGUGAUGUGGUCUUCUUAGGGUAAAGCAUAAUGGUGAGAGGUUACAGCUCUGACUGUAUGAUUGCUUCAUGUUAAAAAUGAGAACAGCAUGAAUAAAAAAACCUCUAACAUCAAUUAGGAAGAAAAUUGGCUGGGAGCUCCACAGGUACAGAUAGAUUAAUCUCCAUUUACCUCUAUCAGAAAUAGAUUCCAUGCCUGUGAACACUAGUCAUAUAUUUCUCUCUAAUCAUCCUUUCACAGGCUAGGUCACACCAGCUGUGGUGUGUUUGGGGACAGAACAACUAUGAAAUCCCAAGCAGCUUUCCCAGCAAGAAGAUUAUUUCACAAUCAAGCAGCUUCAUCAUUUUUGCCUCUGUGCUGGGAGAGAGUUUGGCCUCAUUCUUCUUAAUGGCUCUAAGCCCAAGACAUAUGCAGCUAUGCCCAAGCAAGUCCUUUGUCCAGCAGGAUUUGAUGAUAGCUUAUCUCCAGUCCUAUAGUGCUGAUCUGUGGUGGCUACAUACAGAAAGAGAGGCAGAAUAUCUACAAACAAUACUGAGUAUCUAAAAACAAUAUUGUUAUCUUGUCUUAAAAUAAUAUAAAAUCUCCAGCAAAUUGGAUUUCAUUGUUGUAUCCUGCCUCUUUAUCUAGAAAUUGUCAAAAUGUGUCAUGCAUGACAGUAGCGUUAACCCAAACCAGUUGAACUCCUUUACUAAUGGCUUGUCUUCCUUUCUAAUAGCUGCAAAGACUUGCUUAAUGUUCUGUUGUGCUUUUUAACAAGCAUCCAGUGUCAAUGGGACUUCAUUAAAGAAGGUUUUAUUUAACUGUA